AUGGCGUCGAAUAUUAGUUGCAGUAAAAACGCACGCGAUAGAGUCUAUGUCAGUAAUUUUUCAGCUCUUGUCGGUCAAUGGAUUCAAAUUUCGCAUGACAAUAAUGAUAACAAAAAUGAAGAAUAUGAUAUAUAUAGUAACGAUUAUUGGAAUAAUCUUUAUCAUAAUAACCCUGAAAUACAUGUUCCUUGUCAGAUUUAUGUUGUUGAUUAUAGUACAAUCGAUCAUAAAAUCAAAGGUUGGCUGAAAGAAGAUGAAGUCGACUUGAGCAAUGACCAACAACCAUGGAAUGCUUACUUUGAUAUAUCGGAGUCACAUUAUAAAACAAUGAAACCAGCAUGGGUGUGUAAGUGGCUGGCAUUAGAGCGUGAGUGGAUAAUUGAACUCAUUCUUGAUAAUGCUGUAUUACCAGAGAAACCGGACUUUUAUCGCCUUGCCGGUGAUCGUUACGUUACAUAUGGGGGCGGUGGAUCAAGUUCAUUAGUUUAUCCAGUAUGGAUUAAUGAACAUUUAUCAAUAUCGGAAUCACGACUUGAAGAUAUUAUUGAUCCUGAUCUAUUACCUAAUUGUCCACCAUCAUUUGACCGCCAGAAAUGGAUAGAACAACAACAAGAUAAAUUGAAAAAUAAUGAAUACAACUUAAGGCAUUUUAAACGGAAUUUAGCUAAUGGUGGAUACAAUGAUUUAUCUAAACAUGUUAAACUACGUGAAACGUAUCAAUGGUUACCAUCAGAAUUCGUUCUAACAAAAUCAAAUGGUAAAGUUGAUAUUUUAUCACCCAUACAUCAUCUUCCAAUUAUACCAGAAAACAGGCAAAUUUAUGGUGAUAUAGCAACAAUAUUUAGUAAAAUGAUACCAAUGUUUGAAAAAAUGGGCUUAAUUGGUUAUAAGCAAGAUGAAGAUGAAACAAAAUUACAAGUUAUUGUUAAAGCACAAAGUUAUAAUAUGAAAUCAGGAAUGAAAUACUCAGGCCGAUGGCACACCGAAGGUCAAACUGAGAAUAUUGUGGCGGUUGGUGUCUAUUAUUUACAUGUUGACGAACAACUGAAGGGUGGGGCUUUGAAAUUUCGCCCACCUGAGACACCACAAUAUACUUAUGAUAUUGAAACCGAUUAUGAAGUGAAUGUUGGCACUGGUGCUGCUAUUGUCUUCCACAAUUCCACGCCACAUCGUUUUCGGCAAAUACGUAACCUAACCAAAGAAGAUAAUCGUCGACGAACAUUCAUAAACUUUUUUAUUGUUGAUCCAUCAAAGCCCAUACUUUUAAGAAAUCCAACAAUAGCAAUGAUAUCAGCUGAAACUGCUAAAAAGCUUUUAAUUGAAUGUAGUCAAAGAGUGUUAAAAAAUGGUCGACAAUUAGAUGAACUUGUUAUAGUAAAAAUUCUAUCGUAUCUACCAGAGAUAUGGAUAGAUGAUCAAGAAGCAAAAGAAUUUCGUCAUCAAGUAAGACAGGCGAUGUUAGAAGAACGAAGUGGUUGGGGCUGGAUAUGUUGGGGUAAUUGCGGUAUAACAGAAUUUGUAAAAUCAUUAAGCGUCUGGGAUCCAAGAAAACGAGAUGAAACUACUGAUUUACACCAUACAGAAUCAGAUUAA